AUGGGUACGCACAUUUCCAAAGUUAAAAGUGUCGAUUUGGACUCGUGGACAGAUGACCAAAUUGAAAGCAUGGUGCAGUGGGGCAACGACAAGUGUAAUGGCUAUUGGGAGGAGAAAUUACCCGCGGGGUAUGUACCAGAUCAAUCCAAGAUUGAAAACUUCAUCAAGACGAAAUACGACUUGAAGAAAUGGUGCAGUUCUGCUACCAGACCUGAUCCUAAUGGCGUCAAGGUUGCAAAACCUAGUGCCAGUACAACCGCGGUUAAACCUCGAGCCGAGCCUCCGAAAGGUAAAGCUAGUCCCGUUUCAACAACAUUGGGAGAUUUGGUAGGCGGUGGUGACGAUGACGAUGAUUUUGGCCAUUUUACAACGUCCAAAACCAGUAAUGCUAAACCUGCUGCACAAAGAAACUCAACCCCAGUCACGCCACGUGUUUCAUCCCAAUCUAAUGGUGGAACACCUCAACCACUUCAAUCGGCACAAUCUACUGGCGGCAGCAUUGCCAGCAACUCGAGGCCAGACUUGAAAAAAUCAAUUCUUUCGUUAUACGCAUCGCCUUCACCAUCUAAUAGCUACCUUCCUCAAAGAAACAAUGUACAAACUAGUGCCAAUUUAUCCGACUCGUUAUCGGGACUUCUGUUUCAACAUUCAAACUCAAUGUCGAAUUUAUAUAACAGCAACAACAGCAACAACAGCAACAACAUUAACGGAGCCGCAAUCAAUGGAUUCAACAGGAGCUCCACGGCGUCACUAAACAAACCACAGCCUCCGCCACCGGCAAACAAAUGGGCUAAUGAGUGGACUAACAACAACGACUCGUCAACAUCAUCGAUUGCCUCGGCUCCAGCUGCCUCGGGAUUGAGUUUAGAUGACGAUUUGUUCAAAAACGUCUGGAAUUAA